CUUAUUUAUCUUGUUUAUACUCUUAAUUAUUUCAUUUAAUUAGAGUUGAACUUGUUGUUCUCAAUUUAAUCAAUGUGACAAUUAAUAAAUUACCAUUUAGGUGGACCCAUGAGAAGAUAAUUAUGACUGAUUCUCAUUUGUUAUCGUUUGGUUUGAUUAACGUCCCAUGGAUUUGACCCAAAGUGACCAUUGUUAUCGGUUGUAUUCCCUCUCUUGGUAAUCCCAGUCAUGAAGUUUCAGUUGAAAGAAUCAUGGAUUUAUCUCUAUCAAUGUUUCUCGUCAAUCCUAUUGUUGGAAUUGUAUCUUCUCGUUUCUAUCUUUCUCUCUUUUCUCUCUCAUAAUAAUUGAAAUCAUGGUAAUUUAAAUUACUACAAUACGAGCAUGAGCGUAAUCAGGGAAAAUGAGUGAGAUAGAGAAGAGAGAGAGAGAAAGAGAAAGAAAGAAAAGUAAGUGAAUGAGGGAGAGAAGAGAAAAAAACUCAAGGUUUCAGAGCCUGAGAAAGAUACUGAAGGUUUUAGCGAAGUAAAAACUGGUAAAUGGUAAAUCAGCUGAAUUGAGUUUUAUAUCUUUUCCAUUAACAAAUCAUUAUUAUCGCUGUUGAUUAUCAUCUAUUAUCAUUCGUUGGAUGUUAAUUGUGAUUCUAUUGCCUAGUUUUAUGUCGCCAAAUCUGCUAUAGUGUAACAACAAGUAUCUUUUUCAUAGGCAAAGAAGAUCAGUUUGAAAUUUUUCUUCUCUCUUCUUUUUCAAUUACCAAUUCUCUUCUCUCUCUCUCUCUCUCUCUCUCUCUUACCUACUUUUCAUCCAUCUCUCACUAGUACUCACUUUCUCACUUUCUCUCUGUGUCUGUGUGUGUCUCUUUCUCUCUUCUUCUUCUUCCUUUUCUUUACUAACCAGUCAGUUGUUGUGUUUUAAUUGUCAUCCAAUCAUUAUCCUUCUGGUGUUCACCUUUAAUCAUCUGCGAUCCUCAUUUUCAUCUACAAUUUGCCUGUUAAUUGAUUUUUUCAUCUUCUCUCUCAUUUCUCUGUCUAUCUCUCCAUCAUCCUCUUUCUUUUUUUUUCUUCUUCCACUAACAUAUAAGUUAUUCUCUUUCUGCCUUUCUCAGUAAUUCUCUCUUUUCGUUUCUUCUUCUACUCUGUCCUACUCUCUUUUCUCUCAUCGCUUUCCUCUUAUCAUCAUCAUCAACAACAAUAAUAACAGUAAAAGUAACAACAUCACACAGAGAAAAAGAGAGAGCGAAAAUCACCAUCAUUUAUACACAUAUUUAUAUUCAUCAUCUCCCAUCAGCUUCAUCCUUCAUUGUUGAUACAUUUCUCGACCUCGGAAUCACAACAACAACAACAUCUCUUCACAUCUUUACAUACAAUUAAUACCAUCUCUCUUUUUGGUCCUUGCAUUUUUAAUCAAUCUCAACAAUCAAAAUGGGAAAUGAAUCGUCUUUACCAAUGGAAAUGUGCUCUACUUUUGAUGCUGAUGAGAUCAAAAGACUUGGUAAACGUUUUAAAAAACUGGAUUUAGACAAUUCUGGGUCUCUCAGUGUGGAGGAAUUCAUGAUUCUACCUGAAUUACAACAGAAUCCGUUGGUUCAACGAGUAAUUGAUAUAUUUGAUACUGAUGGAAAUGGAGAGGUGGACUUCAAGGAAUUCAUUCAAGGAGUUUCACAAUUUAGUGUUAAAGGUGAUAAAGAGUCAAAAUUAAGAUUUGCAUUCCGAAUCUAUGAUAUGGAUAAUGAUGGUUUCAUCUCGAAUGGUGAAUUAUUUCAAGUACUUAAAAUGAUGGUUGGUAAUAAUUUGAAAGACACUCAAUUACAGCAAAUUGUGGACAAAACAAUUGUUUUCGCGGAUAAAGAUGAAGAUGGAAAAAUAUCUUUUGAAGAAUUUUGUGCGGUUGUAGGAAACACCGAUAUCCACAAAAAGAUGAUUGUAGAAGUUUGAUUGUCACACUAAUCAAAAUGCUUAAUGGAAUCAUGCUCAUGCUUAUUUUGGACCUUGGUUUUAUUCAUUUAUCAUUUGUAACAGACCAACAGAAGAAAAAUUUACAAAGAAAAAACGAUCUGGAUGUUUCCCGCUCCUCUUUUUUGAUCCUCUUCUUUUGCCAUCCUUAAUACGUUCUUUAAUGUGUUCUCUUUCACUUUCUCUUUUUUUUAUCGUUGUUCAACGAAAAUUGGAGGAGAAAAAGUUCUAAACAAAAACGAAAAACACUAAUCAAACCCAAAUAAACAUAAGCUGUGUACUACUA